AUGAUGACUUUUUGGAAUCAGGACAUGUUACAUCAUCGGAAGUAUAUGACUAAAGUUGCAUCAUCUGUUCCAACAACUUCUGACUCAUUCAGUGCGGAAACUGCAUAUCGAGAUCAACGUACAAGAAGGCGGCGCCGUGGUGAAGUCGUAAAUCCAGCUAACACACUCGAUGGUUUGGUUGCUAAACGUGCUAUUGAUAUUGGUGCCAAGGACAGUCUGUACAAGCGUUAUUUGGCCGAAGCAGAAGCCAUCGAAGGUCCCUCUGAUGACCAAGAAAUUAAGGUUUCAAAGCAUUUGGAUCCAUUCCUUUUAAAUCCUGACGCCUAA